GUGACAACCCGGAAGUAAACUCGUACAGUGAGGAAGGAGCAUGUUGAAGAUGCUGCAGCCUUCUUUCUGACAAAUAAAACUUCUUUUUGUCCAUGAAUAUGGCUUCAAUUAUCAAAGAAACACAGAGCAUAAAAGAAGCUGUGAGAUUCAUCAACUCCAUUGACGUGAAUAAGUUCUCCAGGCUGAUCUCGCGCAUCAUCCAGAGACUCCACCUGAAGGGAGAGAGGACCUUUAGUGAAGAAGAGGAGCAGAAGCUAGAGUCUGCUUUGUCUCUCGAUAAACAAGCUCUGAGCCUUGUUUUGGAGACCUCAGCUUUCAUUUUGGAACAGGCUGUGUACCAUAACGUGAAGCCGGCGUCUCUACAACAGCAGUUGGAGUCUGUUAAUUUAAACCAGGACAAAGCUGAAGUCUUUGCUCAAACCUGGGCCAGUGCUGGACCCGAGCUGGUGGAGAAACUAAAGCACAAUAUCUUUGCACCCAAGAAGCUGGAAUACGUGGGGUGGCAGUUGAAUUUGCUGAUGGCCCAGUCCAGCCAGUCCAAGAUGAAGUCUCCCAGUGCUGUGCUCCAGCUCGGGCUCCGUAGUGAGGACUCAGAGGCUCAGGAAAACGUCUUUGUAGAGUUCAACCACCAGGAGCUGCUUGAGUUCUAUAACAAGCUUGAAACUGUCCAAGGCCAGUUGGAUUCCCUGACAUGAAGUGGGGUGGUCUUUGCUUUGACCACGCACCUGCACCGGGCUGUUAUUGCUGCAAGUCUAAACAGCUGCUCUGCUCCACCAGUGCCAUUUUAUUUCUGAUUCAUUACAGACAAAUUGUGACCAAAUCUGAAUACUAGUACGACUAAUACUACAUGUGUUUUUCUGUCUUUAAGUUGGAAACUCUUUGUUUGACUGAACUAUGAUAACAAAGCUACAAAACAAUAUGUCCAGUCAGACUUUCUUCUAGGGAUACAUUGAUCUGACUUUUUCAGUACCGAUACUGAUUUCUUUUUAGCUUUAUGUAUCUGCCAAUACCCGAUAUCAAUAGGUACAAGUGCAGAGACUGAAAAUAGCAUUAAUUUCUUUUGGAAAAAAGUAAAAUAAGUGCCAUGUAGCUGUUAUUUAUCUCUCAAGUAACCACAGAGUCAAUAAAAGUUCAAACAUUCUUUCUUACAAACCAUAAUUAGUCUUCUUGCAUCGAUUUAUAUGUUAUAUUAUAUAUUUUCAGAAGAUCAGUGCAUCCCUCGUAUCCUAGUAACUAUUUUGUCCUUAAGUAGUUUUAUAAAAUAUUAUCUCACUUGUUCAUAGUGAUUUGUUUGCUUUUUGUGCAUGCUCCCCAUAAAUAGUUUUCACAUCCUCUUAACAGUAUGCAUAGUAUCUUGUAUUUAAUGUACAUUUCACAUUAAAUAAAUAACUUUUUUCAGUUUCA